GAGAUGGAUGAGGAAGCUCUACCGUAAGCCCAGACCUGUGUGCCCUCUGCUUGCUGGGCGAGAGCCUGGGAGCAGCUGGGGCUCCUUGCUGUCACAGCCCUGAAACCCAAGUGGUAGCCCACGUGCAGGAUAGCGUUGCAGUGGUUAUUCUGUAGGCACCUUAUAGUGUGCCCCUGGCACACGCUGUGCUAUGCAUGUCAGUUCUCUUGUUCAAAGCAUAGGGAGAGGCAUAUAAGUUAAAAACAACCUGUAGGAAGAGCUGCUUGGAGUCAGUAAACAAAGAAGAAGCAGAGGACAAGAGAUCAGGAAAAGCUUUCAGCCCCCUGGAGAGCAGUGUCACUGGUGACAAAUCCCCUUGGAGUUGUGCUGUUUUGAUCUCUUGUUGCAAUGCCAGGCACAGCGAGGCAUGACCGAGAGAUGGCAAUCCAGGCCAAAAGGAAUCUGUCCAAAACCACUGACCCGGUAGAAAGACUUCGACUGAAGUGUUUAGCAAGAGGGUCUGCAGGCAUCAAAGGACUUGGCAAAGUAUUUCAGAUUAUGGAUGACGACAACAGCAGGACCCUUGAUUUCAAAGAAUUUGUGAAAGGAUUAAAUGAUUAUGCUAUGAUGAUAGACAAGGAAGAAGCACAAGAGAUUUUCCGGAUAUUUGAUAAAGAUGGCAGUGGAACAAUAGAUUUUGAUGAAUUUCUGGUUACACUUAGACCUCCAAUGUCAAAUGCCAGAAAAGAGAUCAUCAUGCAGGCAUUUAGGAAGUUAGAUAAAACUGGAGAUGGUGUCAUCACAAUUGAAGACUUACGGGGGGUGUAUAAUGCAAAGCACCAUCCCAAAUAUCAAAAUGGAGACUGGACAGAAGAUCAAGUUUUUAGGGCCUUUCUGGAUAAUUUUGAUUCACCUUAUGACAAAGAUGGGAAGGUCACAACAGAAGAAUUCAUGAACUACUAUGCAGGAGUCAGCGCCUCAAUAGACACCGACGUCUAUUUCAUCGUCAUGAUGAAGAAUGCCUGGAAACUCUGAUUGUAUGAUUAAAUGAAUGAGACUUUACUUCCAUAUUUUGUAGGUUCCCAUGAUUCAGUGUAUGCACAAUAGGUUCCCAUGAUGCAGUGUAUGCAUUUUCCAAAAUAGCAGCUUCCAGUAACUGUGCCAAUUAAAGUUCAUCUACAGAAGUAAUUCCCAGAUGCUUUGGUAGAUUGAGCCUCAGGGGAUGGACAGUGCAGUCAGAGAGCAGAUCUGGAAUCCAGCCACGGUGCAGAUCUAUCUCUUUUCUGCCUGCAUCCCUGACACAUCUUCUCUUCCCUGAGAUGAGGUGCUUUUCUCACAUGUCACCGUUUUUCCCCUGAUUCUUGAAUGUUUUCCCCCUCCAUCUCUGUUGGGCAAAGGAUGCAAGAGGAGGAAAAUGAGAUGUUCUGGGAGGGUGAUUGCCUGAUGCAGCACCAGUGACAGUGUCCCAGCAGGGACCAGCCUCCUCGGUGCAGGCUGGAGGGCCAACACUCCUCUCCUGCAGCAUCUCCUAACUUCUCAGCUCUCACCAGUGGGACAGAGCAGCUGCCUGAGUGCUCACCUUGGAGUGCUGGAGGCUGGAGGGGGAACAAAUCAAGCAGGAGAGACAUGGACCAUUUUUAAGUGUCAAAGAGUCUUUAAAACCCUGAUUUUUCCAUGACUUACAAACAAUAAUGCUCAAUAUGCAGCCAUCUUUCUUGCACAUCCCUUGUUUCAAACCUGUGUGUAUCUGUUGGUUGUUUCCCUGCCUUUAGUUUCUUUCUUUUUGUACUCUGAAACCAUUUCACUAAUGGUUUGCUUUAAAGGAUAAGAUUGUGUUACUGCAUUUUCUUCUCUCUGUUCUCGGAACGUUUACCAGCUGGGUACCCAUUGUCUGUACACACCGACACCUAGUUGUGUGUACACAAGUUGCCUACUGCUUUUUAUACUUGUACUGGGUUAUGACCAAGCUCAUGACUUCAGAAAACUUUCUGGGAACUCAAGAACUUAAAAUUUUCUUAUCAUCUUUUGUUUCUGUUGCUGUAUAAAGGAUGGGAACUGACAUUUCUCCUGCUAUCCUCACCAGUGGGACUGCCCAAGUUCUGAGAUCUGCUGGCCUCUCCCCAUGCAGCGCGUGGGGAAAUGGCACAAUGAGGAAACAUUUUCAAACAUGGCAUCUGGGGAGGGGGAACGUAUCUAAUUGUUCCUGCCUUGAUUUCUUUUCCUUUUGUCUUCUUUCUAUUUCUCUCACAUCAUGCUGCUGUUCUCCCAGACUGAACUGUUGCCACUGUGACAGAGUAAAUGGCUUGUGCACAGCAGCAUUUGCUGUUUAAGGUUGGUUGCCAGCUAAAAGCAGUACAGACUUAUACACUGUACUUUUGAAUGAGCCUGAAUGAUGAAGUCUCUGCUUGUACUUAGUCUAGAUUGCUAGAAGUUCAGGUACUGCAGCCCUGGGUGCUCUGGUUCUGUGCAAGCUCUGCUUGUGUUUUUUCUAGCCAUUGCCUCAGUAGAAGCCAUAGCAGUUUGCAGCUCCUGAGUAAAGGCUGUGCAAACUCAAUUGUCUUCUCUGAUCUGCAAGCCUCCAGAUACCUGGCUAAUGCUGUAACCUUGUGUGAAGUGUCUAUUUGUGAUUGACAUUGACCGUAUGAGGAGUCUUUACCUAUUGGAAUGCUACUGAGGUGCCAACAUAGCUUGUAUGAAAAGCAAACUUGAAGUGAAAUAGAGGCCUUACGCGUCCUGGCA